AUGGGCAGCCUGAGCCAGACUGUCUGUGAGCUGACUGGUGGCCACAGCAGCUUCUCUGAGCUGAACGAGGCAGACAACGCCGCCCAAUCGACGGCACUUUUGCUUCAGGAGGAGUUGCUCCAAUACUGCAACGAGAGUUUGUCAAGCUUUGAUGUUCUCGAGCCAGUCCAUCGGGAGCUUCUCCCGAUUAGCGUGCGACAGAUCUCUGCAGAAGGGACUCCUGUCUUUCACAGCGGUGAGGUGCUGGACCUGCUCUAUGUGGUGCCUGGCUCCGUGGAUCUUUCUGAGUUGCUACAGGCCUUGGAUUUGCGGCUGCAGGGCGAGGCCAAGGGCCUCCGUGCCGCUGUUGGGGACGGCUUGCUACAAGCUCCCGGCCUGGAGUUCACCAUGCGAGGAAUUCCAGUCAAGUUCUUGCUGACUCAUGCGGUGGAUGUGGCGAGCAUUUCAGCUGAGAGUAUCAACAAGAACGUGUCCGGUUAUGUUGCCAGACAAACGGCGCUUGCCAUCUUAGAGUCAGUCCCUGACAAGAGAGCUUUUCAACAGUUGUUGACGUGUGUUCGCUUCUGGGCGAAGCAACGUGGAGUCUAUGGGCAGUCGCAUGAUUUCGGUUAUCUAGGCGGAGCGGGCUGGGCGAUUUGCUGCGCCCUGGUUUGCCAAAUUGAACAGCACCAAGAUCUUGAACAACUUCUUGGAGCUUUCUUCGACAUCAUGAGCAGAUGGGACUGUCGAGUUCCUGUUGCCCUCAACGGCCGGGCUCAUCGACAGGUCCAACGCAACAGCGCGGGGCUGAAGGUCCUGCUUCCUGUUGGCAGAAAAUUAUGCGCCAACCCGAACUUGACAGCAUCUGCUGCUCUGCAGCUGCAGAAGGAGUUUCGGAGAGGGAACAGGAUCUUCGCAAAAAUUCAGCACAGCCAAGCGGAUUGGAAACAAAUCUUUUCUGUCUCGAAGUUCUUCGAGCGCUAUUUUCAUUAUCUUCAGUUCGACAUCACGGCUUCCAGCGAAGAGAUCAUGUUUCAGUGGCUAUCGUGGUGCAGACAGCAUCUUCAAGGCACUGCAGAGAUGCUGGAGACCGUUGGCAACUGCCACCUGAUCACUCGGCCUUGGCCAGUAUGGCUGCCUUUCAAGGACUGUGAGUGGCACUCUGCCAUUGCCGUGUUCAUAGCGUUGCGAGUGCUGCCACACGCGCGUAAUGAACAAGCAGGCACACGGACUGUCGUUGAUCUUCGCGAAAUCCUCGUCACUCUGUUGGAGCGGCUGUGCGCAUGGCCGCUGGCAACCGAGCACUUUGGCGAGUUCGAUCUCUACAUCCGACACACGUCGCAGGCUGAGGUGAAGUCUUGGCUGACAGCUCUGGAAGGUGGCUUUCCGGUCAAGCGUGCUCGGCCAACCACGCAGACACAGGCCGCCAUUGCUCUGCCCGAACCAGAUAGUGAGGACGACCUGUCCCGGCAAAGUUCGUCCUUUGAAUUUCAAUGA